AAUCCUUCACCCAAAGACCAAAGCCAGAAACAACAAAACCAACAUCUAUCUCACUCUUUGUUUAAAUACUCUCUCGCUAUUCUCUAAUACCUUCAAACUGCUUAAAUUGCUUAACAAAUCCAUAAGAAGACUAUAGAAAAAGGCCCUUUCUUUAUGUAUAUGCGUCAAAAGAAACAAGAAACGCAGAUCAGAAAAGAAAUCGGUCGUAGAGGCAGAGGCAGAGACGUUUCUUUUGGUUUCAAUACAAUCCACCACACACGGCACCCACAGGAACAAAUCCAAAGCCAGUACUCACCAGCGUCGCAGCCGCAGCCGCCAACAGUACUAACCCACCAACCACCUCAGUUUCUCUUUCACUAUGAUCAACCCAUCUUCUCCAAUCAUUGUUCGACAACUGAAAAACCCAUGAUGAGUCUAUUGCCAUCUUCUUCCUUCUCCUCUCUCCACAGUCACCACCAAUCGGAUUUUAAUUUUAGCGCAAAAUCAAACGUGGAUAAUGGCAACCCAUUUGUAAGUUCAGUUUCAAUUAGAACUUUAGCUUAUAAAAUCUUUACCCAUUUAAGCCAUGCCCGUUUGCUUUUUGUACACUUAAAGGUUUUGUUUCUUAUUUCUUUGCCUUCUCUUUACUUGUUCUUAUGCAAUCCUCACCGUUUUUUUAUUCUAAAUUUGCUUUCUAUUAUUGCUUUUUCAAUUACCCUUUUGGUUUCUCUUAAUCUUGCCCGUCCUCGCUUACCCUCUAUUCGGUUGCUGUUUGCUCGUUCAUUGCCUAAUAAUCUCAAUUCAACACAUUUACCUGCAAAUGCUCCAAAACCUGUAAUAUGGUCAAUUGGGUCUAACCCAAAAGUGGAAAAUAAGCUAAAUUCAGGGUCUUGGGUUCAAGUUUAUAGCAAUGGUGAUGUUUAUGAAGGUGAAUUUCAUAGGGGGAAGUGUUCAGGUAGUGGAGUUUAUUAUUAUUAUAUGAGUGGAAGAUAUGAGGGUGAUUGGGUGGAUGAAAAGUAUGAUGGCUAUGGAGUUGAAACAUGGGCUAAAGGAAGUCGAUACAGAGGGCAAUAUAGGCAGGGUUUAAGGCAUGGAAUUGGAGUUUAUAGGUUUUAUACAGGUGAUGUUUAUGCUGGCGAAUGGUCUAAUGGACAGUGCCAUGGGUGUGGAAUUCAUACAUGUGAGGAUGGAAGUAGAUAUAUUGGAGAGUUCAAGUGGGGUGUCAAGCAUGGCCUUGGACGAUACCAUUUCAGAAAUGGGGACACAUAUGCUGGUGAGUAUUUUGCAGACAAGAUGCAUGGUUUUGGAGUUUAUCAGUUUGGAAAUGGGCAUCGCUUUGAAGGAGCCUGGCAUGAGGGAAGGAGGCAAGGUCUUGGCACGUAUACUUUCCGAAAUGGGGAAGCACAAUCUGGUCACUGGCAAAGUGGCAUUCUUGAUGUCUCUAGCUCGGAGAAUACCCCGCCUGGAUCUCCAUAUGCUGUUAGUCAUUCCAAAGUUCUUAAUGCUGUCCAGGAAGCACGGCGAGCUGCUGAGAAAGCGAAUGAUGUUGCAAGGGUAGAAGAUAGGGUGAACAGAACCAUUGCGGCAGCUAACAAAGCAGCCAAUGCUGCCAGAGUUGCAGCAGUAAAAGCUGUCCAAAAACAAAUGCCUUAUAACAACAGCGAUGACGAUCGAAAUCCCUUUGUUUAAUCUUUACAGUCAUUGGGUACUUUUCUGCUGUCAACUGACUAAAAGAUUUUGAACCCUUCGGAUUAUUCAUGUUGCUUAAUAUUUGUAUCCUGUUGUAAGUAAUGAUAGAAGGUACCUACUUGGAACCACAUUCAACCGGCGAGGGAAAUGACUGAUUGUGGAGCAAGAAGGAUUCCAACCUUUUCUUUUGGCCUAAAUAAUAUGUACAUGGGUUGAGUAAUAGGUUUAUGGGAGAUGGCGAUAUGGUGCCUAAAUUUUUAGCUUAGGGUCUGCUUAUCCCUUUUGCUGCUUGUAAAUGUUCUGUAGUUAUUUGUAUGUCUGCAUGAAAUGAUGCGGUCACUGUUGCAACUGUUCUUAUCAUAAGAAAAGCUUAAGAGAGUAUUUGCAUA